UCAACUUUUUGCCUGUCUGUCUCCAGGUGCACAUGUGUCUGUGUGUGUGUGUGUGUGCGUUUGUGUGAGAGAGAGAGUGUGUGGUGUGUCCACUGAUGCACACCUCGCUUGAACUCUCUGGUCAGGCUAUGGUCUUACACUCUCUUUGCUUUGCUGUGCCUGGACCUUUCUGACUGAAGAGUUGACAAAUGAGACCAAAGCAUUAGAGGAUGUACUACGUGAAAAAGAAGUCCCAAUACAACUUGCUGAGCAGCAGCAUGGAGAGCCUGGGGAGCCGCGCGACGUCCGCCAGCCCCUACAGCUCCGAGAACGCCUCCUCGUCGGCCGUGCCCACCCCCUCGCCCUACUCCCAGCCCAACUCCACCUUCGAGGGCCUGUCGCCUGCCCCGGCCAUCCCCUCCAACACCGACUACCCCGGACUGCACGCCUUCCAGGUGUCCUUCCAGCAGUCCAGCACCGCCAAGUCUGCCACAUGGACCUACUCUCCGUUGCUGAAGAAGCUCUACUGUCAGAUUGCCAAGACCUGUCCAAUCCAAAUCAAGCUGACCUCCUCUCCUCCACAUGGCAGCAUCAUCAGAGCCAUGCCCGUCUACAAGAAGGCGGAGCACGUCACAGAAGUUGUCAAACGCUGCCCUAACCACGAGCUAGGACGAGACUUCAAUGACGGUCAAGCAGCCCCAGCCAGUCACCUGAUCCGGGUGGAGGGGAAUAACCUCUGUCAGUACGUGGAUGAUCCUGUCACCGGCCGGCAGAGUGUCUUUGUGCCCUAUGAGGCUCCACAGGUGGGGACUGAGUUUACCACCAUCCUGUAUAACUUCAUGUGCAACAGCAGCUGUGUGGGUGGCAUGAACAGGAGACCCAUCCUCAUCAUCAUCACUUUGGAAACCAGGGAUGGUCAAGUGUUGGGAAGAAGGUCAUUUGAGGGUCGGAUAUGUGCGUGUCCUGGCCGAGACCGCAAAGCAGAUGAGGACCACUUCAGGGAACAACAGGCCCUGAAUGACAGUGUGGCCAAAAAUGGCAGUGCCAACAAGCGCAACUUCAAACAGAGCCCGCCAAACAUUCCCAGUCCAAAUAUUAACAUGAGGAAGAGGCGGCACGGAGAAGAAGAGAUUUACUAUAUUCCUGUUCGUGGUCGGGAGAACUUUGAGCUGCUAAUGAAGAUUAAAGACAGUUUGGAGCUGGUGGAGCUGGUACCACAGCCACUGGUGGACUCCUACAGACAACAAACACAGCAGCAACUUCUGCAGAGACCGAGCCAUAUAGCAUCCCCCUCCUCUUACUCUCCACUGUCCAACAUGAAUAAGCUUCAUGUCCACGGAGGCUUCAGCAAACCGUCCUCCGUCAACCAGCUGGUGGGGCAGCAGCCCCAGCAACAUGCCACUGCCCCCACCUCCAUAGCCCAUGUCGGUUCAAACAUGCUCAACAGCCACCACAUGCAGGCCAAUGGUGAUAUGAAUAGCGGCCACAGCAGUCAGACUAUAGUGUCUGCUUCCCACUGCAGCCCGCCCCCUCCGUAUAACCCUGACCCCAGCCUUGUCAGUUUUCUAACCAGUCUGGGCUGUCAGAACUUCAUUGAGUACUUCACCUCCCAAGGCCUCCAGUCUAUCUACCAUCUCCAGACUCUCUCCAUGGAGGAUUUAGGUGCACUGAAGAUACCGGAGCAGUCCUGCCUUGCCAUCUGGCGAGGUCUGCAGGACAUGAAACAAGGUGCUUCCCUCCAACUGCCUGCGUCUACUCAUCACCAUGACUAUCAUGGCCAGCAGCUUCUUCGCUCCAGCAGCAACAUGGCUGCCUCUGCCAUUGCGGCCAUUGGCGCUGCCGGCGGGGAACUGCAACGUCAGCGCGUAAUGGAGGCUGUGCACUUUCGUGUGCGCCACACUAUCACCAUUCCCAACAGAUCAGGUGUUGUUGGGACAUCAGGGAUGGCAGCAGCUACUGACGAAUGGGCUGACUUUGGUUUUGACAUGCCCGACUGUAAGCUGUCACGUAACAAGCACUCCAUCAAGGAGGAAUUCAUGGAAAGUGAUGUUCACUGAGUCCAAAAUGAAUCUUUGGACUGUUUUUCCAAUAUAAUUGUCAGCAUCAACCUAAUUACUGAGUAGAAGCAUGUGGAUAGGGUCUUUAAAUGUGCUUUUAGGUAUUGCUGUCACAUUUCAGUCAGUGAUUUUGCAGAGUUCCAUUUUGAAUGUGGGACAUUUUUAGUGCACUUUCCUGUGCAAUCUUUGUUCCACCCAGAAGAUUGAACAUGAAAUGAUACAAGAGGACGAUCAAAGAUAAACAGCAAAUACCACUAUGGCAACAGCAUUAUCAAUGCUGAACACACAGGGUCUGUACUAUACUUGUGGGGACUCUGAUGAGUGCAAGUUAAAGGAGGGAGAUAUUGGUCGCACCGUGCAAUAAUACGCAAUACAUUUUUCAGCAUCCAAUUUCAUUUCUGGUGAAUAUAAAAUGUAGCAAUUGCACAAUCGCACAAAUGUCACAGUUUGACGUAUCAGCAUUUCACAAUUCAAUUUUGUGUUUGAAUACAAAAAUUAGUUCUCAGCUGACUUAUUUAUUGUUCUCUGUUUUCCUUCACUUGAACAAAUGUAUGUACUAUAUCUUGUAAAUGUUUUGGACUAGAUGUGGUUGAAAAAGGGGUAUUUAGAUUCAAAAUGUGUAUUUCCUGGUGGUACCGAAUGUAUAGAAUUGAACGGUAAUCAAACUCAGCUGUGGGAACACACAGUCUAUGUAUAUUUUUAAUGACGAUGAUAAUGUGAUGACCUAUAGUGCAGUAUGCCCUUAUUAUUUCAUUGUUAAAAGUUAGUUGAAUGGGCUUUGGUAUUAAAAGUGUGUAUUCAUGAAAACUCGGAAUGGAAAUAACAAUCAACAUGUGAAUAUCAGACAGAUUAGAUGUUUGCAUCCAUUACUUUUUAAUUGAGUUCUAGGAAAUAUUGUGUUAAUUGUUGUAUAAAUUGCAAAACAGUUGAGAGACAAAAGAUCAAAAUCAGUAUUAUACAUUAAUAGGAGGGAUUUAAUCUGAAGUUUGAAUAAUAAUUUAGGAAUUGUAUCCCUGUUUACCAAGACACGAGAUAAGACAGUGGCAUUUUUGUUCUUCUCUGUGUAUUUUGAAAAACCUUGCAGGGCAAGGUCCUCACAUUGAUUAUAGCUAGUUGUGUAGCCAGCCUAGUAUGUAUCAUCAUGGCACUUGUUUGUAUAUAUAUAAUAGCAACAUUCCAGUUUUAUUUCUAGAUUGCUACCCAGCAUGAUUAAUCAUGGUGCAAUUCUAGUAAUGGUGUCAAAAUUGUUUGUAGCAACUACAUGACAUUGUACCAUGAUAAUAAUUUGUACUUAACUUGCAGCCAUUUCUUUAUAAAGGCCUUCUCACUUAUAAAAACACAUACUUUUACCCACUUACCACCGACUGGUCAGAGAAAGAGCACUUUAAUGCUUUAACAGUAAGACAAUUUAGGAUUAUUUGUGCUUAUGAUCAGUAUUAUGCAUUACCACAAUGUAAAUAGAAACAGUGCUUGUUUUAAUAUUCCUGGUAAGUUUUUUGUUAUUGGUUUUGUAAAGAUUAUUAAGAUGUGUACCUAUAUGUUGUAACUAUUGCUGUCUAUCAGAGUCCAUUAGUUUCUAAGGUUGGUAAAUUUUGUGUUUUUGUGUUUUUUUUCUUAACAUCACGGAUAUUAAAAUAUUUGACUUCC